AUGAUUUUAGGGCCUCAAAUGAUCGAGGAUACAGUUAAGCAGGUAAGGGAGAUUCAAGCGGCACAAGAUCGCCAAAAGAGCUAUGCAGAUUUGAAGCGUAAAAAGGAGGAAUUCGAGGUCGGUGACAAAUUAAGAAGGUAUAUCCCUGAUAAGUCACAUGUGCUACAAACCGAAACCAUUCAGUUAUAUCAAAGCUUAACUUAUGAGGAAAGACCUGUCAAGAUCCUUGACAGUAAAGUGCGUAGUACACGCAAUAAGGAAGUUAAGAUUGUUAAAAUGCUAUGGUCUAACCAAGAGUAUGAAGAAGCAACUUGGGAAGCGGAGGAUGAGAUGAAGAAGAAAUUUCCCGAGUUGUUUAAGGUAUGGUGA